AUGACGGAAACCUCGCCCACGCAGGACCCCUUGGAGUUUCAAGAUACUCCUGAGUACAUGCAUGCUUCCAGUUUCUUUCCAGAGUCUGGUCUGCAAGAAUCUGCGCGAUCAGCCCAAGCCAUCGACAGGGGAAACGGUCCGUGGAAACUCGGCCCUCAGUAUGGUGGCCCCGCGCUGGUAGAAGACGAUGUCUUCAGCGCUUCCUCAUUUUUCCGGGACGUGACCCCAGGGGCCUUAAACCCCUGGGCACCCGCCGCAUCGUAUGACACCACGUCCUUUGCUUCGCCCUAUGACUUAUUCAACACUCCGGUGGCUUGGAACGGCUGA